AUGCCUGGAAUUCCCGCGACGUUAUUACCACCAUCCUCGGCUACGGCUACGACGGCGACGGCGGCGACGGGGCUGCUGACCUCCAACAAUUGUCAGGGUCAGGUUCAUCUCAUCGUCGGCAGCAAUGCGAUCGCCGCGGCGAGGGCACAGAAGUCGAUCGAGGCUGGCGCGAUGGUAAAGGUGCUUGCGCUUGAGACGGAAGGCGGGGCGGAGUUACAUUAUGGCCUGAGGAGGAGGAUAGAAGACGGUGAGGUCGAGUGGGUGCGGAGGAAGUUUGUUGAGCGGGAUUUGGAGACAUUGGGCAGGAAGGAGGUGGACGGAGUGGUGGAUCUGGUGUGGGUUACGGUGGAGGAGAAGGGUGUUGUAUCACAGAUUUCGGCACGGUGUAAACGUCUCCGCAUACCCGUCAACUGCGUGGAUUCUCCAACGCACAGUACAUUCUCUCUCCUAUCCACACAUGCGGCCGGACCGCUCCACAUUGGCGUCACAACCUCUGGCAACGGCUGCAAGCUCGCAUCCCGCAUCAAACGCGAGAUCGCCGCAGCACUCCCGGCGGACAUCGGCGAGGCGUGUAUCCGCAUCGGUGCGCUACGGCGCCGGUUAAUCGAUGAGGCGGGAGUCGUCGACGGCGAGGAGGAGGCCGGUGACCAAAGCAACACAUUCAACACCCUCAUCACACCCGUGGGCGAGGCUGCCGCGAAGACUAGACGGAUUCGCUGGCUCAGCCAGAUAUGCGAGUACUGGCCACUUGACCGUCUUUGCACCCUCUCCGAAGCGGACUUAGACACAACCAGCCCCCCGCUCACUCCCGCUCCCUCCGAGAAGCGCGGCAAGAUCCUCCUCGUCGGCUCGGGUCCGGGCCACCCCUCGCUCCUCACCACCGCCUCCCUCGAAGCCAUCAACAGCGCCGACCUCAUCCUAGCGGACAAACUCGUUCCCUCCGCCGUCCUCUCCCUGAUCCCCCGGCGCACACCAGUAUUCAUCGCAAAGAAAUACCCAGGCAACGCCGAAGCAGCGCAAGAAGAGCUCCUCUCGCGCGGCCUCGCGGCCCUCCAAUCCGGCCAGACCGUCGUCCGUCUGAAGCAGGGCGAUCCAUACAUCUACGGCCGCGGCGGCGAGGAGCUAACAUUCUUCCGCAAGCACGGUUUCAUGCCCGUCGUCCUCCCCGGCAUCACCAGUGCUCUAUCCGCCCCUCUCUUCGCCGGGAUCCCAUCCACACACCGCGGCGUCGCGGACCAGGUGCUGAUAUGCACCGGCACUGGACGCCGAGGAGCGGCCCCAGACCCCCCGGAGUGGGUCGCGAGCAGGACUACGGUCUUCCUCAUGGCUCUACAUAGAGUCGAUGCGUUGGUCGGCGAGCUGAAGGGGAAGGGCUGGCCGAUGGACACGCCAUGUGCGGUCAUCGAGCGCGCGAGUUGUGCUGAUCAGCGGGUUGUACGGACGACGCUGGGGGUGGUUGGGAGGGCACUCGAGGAGGUGGGUAGUAGGCCGCCUGGACUGCUGGUCGUGGGAAGGGCAUGUGGUGCAUUGGUGGAGACGCAGGUGGAGAAGGGAUGGGUAGUCGAAGAGGGCUUUGCGGGGUUUUGA